AUGUCUCUCAUCGCUUCGUCUCAUCGUGCCUUCGUGCACACGCUCUCCGCGAAACACAACAUCGUCGCAAAAGGAAAAGGAAAAGGAGGAAGAAUAAGAAGAGAACACCACUCAUUCUUUUUGUCGAAGGAGUCGAAACGUCGUCGUUUGAAAGCAGCGAGAGAUGAUAAUACGACGCGCGCGACUUCCGCGUCGUCCUCGAAUGAUUUCACGACGACACAUAAUCAUCAUCAACGACAAGAGCCACUGAGCAUGAAAGCGACGAGCGGUAAAAAGAAAUACCCCGUGGCGACGCACUCGAUUCAGACGAUUCAGACGACGGCGAGCGCGUUCACACAACAGGAACAAAAACAGGAUAAGAAGAUGAUAAAAAAAACAACAACACGACUAAAAAAAUCAAUAGUAACGAAUACGAAUAAACAAAAGUGGUGGGAGAAAUACCAAUCGACUUCUUCUCAUCCAAGAAACUUGAUACUCGUAAAGAACAUCGACGAGUUUCUCAGCUAUUUAUACGCGUCCGCGACGAUGAUUCAUCGCGACAUCGAUAACCACUCAAAUUCCAUCGACGAAGGCGUCGAGGACGAGGAGAAGAGCAACGACAUCGAACAAAUACUCGAACGUAAAUCGCCGCUCGUUGUUGUUAAGUACUUCCGGGAAGAUUGCCCGGCGUGCAGAAGCGUCCAUCCAAAGUUCGCUAAAAUAGCUGAGCGUGAAUUUUCGAACGUUUUGUUCCUGAAAGUCAAUUUGUCGGAGUUUGACGACAGCUUCGCGGAGGACAUGAACAUCGUCUCGGUUCCUCACGUGCAAGUAUACAACGGCGCAGAGGGCUUAGUCAGUGAAUUUUCGUUGAACCUGAUGCCUAAAUCUCUGCGAAACUUUAGAAAUAUCCUCGAUGCGUACACAUCGUGCGCGGAUAAUCUUCCAAAGAGAGAGAUCCAAGGGCCGGCUUCUUUUGUUUCCGCAACCGGUUGGCCGGGAUAUUAUCGCGGCCAGAUGAAAUACUUAGUCGAGUGUAAGAGAAACUUUUGGAGGUUUCGCAGGGCAGAAGAGGAUGAAGAAGAGUAA